AUGGCUCCCAUUCAGAGACCACACCCUGAGUUCUAUAACCUCACCGGGUUCCGACUCGACUCCGACACGGCCGGCCGAGGCACUCUGGGCAUCAUCUACACCUGCUGCACCGCCAUCCUCCUCGCCUCAUGGACCUCCUUCCACAACAGGGCCCGCAAACCUGACGACCAUUCCUGGCAAACCAAGUGGCUCUAUAGAUGGAACCGAUUUCUCUACACCUUCCUUCUGCCCGAGGUGGCGGCGGUCUGGAGUGUCCGUGAUCUCCUUGAGGCCACUUGGCUUUGCGGCCGCUUCCUGGUGUACCAGAGGCAACUUCCCGGAUGGUACCGCUUCACCAUGAAGCAGGCCUUUGUCUGCAUCAUGGAUGGCAUCUACAUGCAAAUGCCCGAUUCCCCUGAGAAGGUGAAGGUCAGCCCCAGAGAUCUCCUAUGGCUCGCGUAUACCCGACAGCUGGAGUACUCGGACUAUCCCUCGAGGGACGAGAUUGACGACAAGUCGAAAUCCGACGCAACCAUGAAGUUCAUCUCGAUUGUGCAGACGUUGUUCUUCAUGGUCAACGUUAUCGCCCGGCUCGUGCUUCACUACCCCGUGAGCUUGUUGGAGGACUUGGCUGCGGCACAUGUGUUCUGCGGCAUCAUCACUUUCACCUUUUGGUUCAUGUGCCCCCACAACAUCGAGCAGCCUUUCAUCAUCAGGCCGGAUCCAAGCAAGAAAGUCAUCCCUGUGGAAGACCCAAAACUAUCUGGAAAGGCCGGAGCUCAGUCGACAGUCGAGGAGAUCACAGCACAAGGGGAACCUGUUGGCUGGUUUCAAUCCGUGAAGAACAUUGUAACAACGGUUACAUCAACCUUUGCAGCGACAGAAGACAUAGCCACAUCUGUGGAGGAUGCAAGCAAGCCACAGACGAUCAACCUAUAUUGCCAUGAAAGCGAUCUUAGCCAGAUUUGGAAAAACAUCGACUCCUUCCGGGGGGCACACGUCGUCGGAUUCUACCUCCUGGCCUUGGUUUCGACGGCCGCCUUCAUGGAGAUGUACAGCAAACGCAACAAAAAUGAGGAGAAGGCGGUGGGCAGAGAGACGAAAGAAGCAAAGGGGUCGGCAACUGAGAAGUCACCAUCAUCCCUGCACUCGAAGGAGGUUCAGGUUUCGUCAGAAGUGACGGAAAUUAUUGACGAGGCAACCGGAAGGAAAAUCACGUUGAGGCCAAACGAAGGGUUCGGAGAGUCGUUUGAGGUCAAAGAAUCGCAACAAUCAAAGCGACCGAAUCUGGAGAAGUUCGCGAUGUUUUUGACGUUCGGAAUCUUUUCCGGCAUUCAUCUGGCGGCUUGGAAGUAUCAAUUUGUUACCAAAGAAGAAGAGUAUUGUUGGAGAGCUUGCGCAGGUACAAUGCUGCUCGGGGCAUUCACAAUGUUGUUCAACGGCCCUGGUGUCAUGGGAAUCCUUUACAAACCAGAGAACGACCGCAAGAGGAUGGUGUCAUGGCUGCUUCCUCACAUAUACACGGGGGUGUAUGUCUUGAGCCGCCUAGGGCUGGUAGCCGUUGCGUGUUCGUCCUUCCGAAAAGCACCAGCGGGUAUUUACGAAGUCCCAGGCUGGACAGAGUUCUGGCCACAUGUCUAG